CUCCAAUUUGGGAGUGUCUCCUAGGGGAGUUAAGCCGGUGCCUAGCGAUCCUUUAGGGAAACGUGCUUACGCCUGGCGACGAUCACCCCGUGUUCUCGUAAUUUCUGUCGGCACAUCGUGAGACCCGGGAGGCUUUAGUGAGAAUUAGGCCCGGGUAGCGCUGAUCCUACUCCGGCUGCUGUGAUCCGCGAUUGCGGAUAUAUUUCGUAGAGGUUCUCACGACGAAUCACGGGUUAUCCUAAUUUGGGUGUCUGUCUACGAAGUAAGGUUUCUUCUUCCGCCUUCCAGUUCGAUAUCGGUCCAUCUUUCAGGACAGACUUCAUCAUGGUUUCUUCACGCUUUCUGACGCUGGCCCUCAGCGCGUCGGCAUCUGUUGCGACAGCUUUGACGACACCAGCAAGGAGUGAGACCGCAUCUGCUCAAUGCACCAAGACCCUACCACAGGGGCGUGCACCUGGGAACGAGUACAAAAUUCCUUACACCGACAAAGAAGGAAGAUCCCGAGACUAUCUCCUGUUCUUACCACCGAAAUACUCCACGAAGUCCAAUAACCCGAUCAUAUUCUCCUACCACGGUGGAACUAGAACACCAGAGUCUCAGCGAGAUCUCGACCGCCUGGAAACGCCAUACUUCAAUACUGAUCACAUCGUUGUCUAUCUACGCGGAUACGAGGAACGAUGGGAAGGCACUCCUAAUAUCACCAAGAGAAAUGACAUUGAGUACACCAGCAAUGUAUUGGACGACCUCGAGAAGACAUAUUGCAUCGAUACGAACCGUGUUUUCAUGACCGGCAAAUCCAACGGCGGCGGCUUUGUCAACUAUGCUGCCUGCCACAAAGAACUCUCAACGCGCUUUGCUGCUUUUGCGCCCGUCUCUGGCUCUUAUUACAUCGAGGGUGCAGAGGGUUGCAAUCCCAAGACCGUCGAUAUCCCGUGCAACCCCGGAAGGUCCAACAUACCUCUCAUUGAGUUUCACGGUGGAAUCGAUGGAACUAUUCCCUACCAAGGCAAUCCUAGCCGCCGCGGCGCUUGCUUGCCUGAUGUCUUUCACUGGGUAACUGAAUGGGCUGUUCGUGAUGGCCUCGACGAAAAGGCGUGCGAGAAGAAUAUCACCUCUCGUGCACAGAUGUAUCGCUGGGGAUCAGGUGAUAUGAAGGGUCUCGUCACCCACGUCUACGAGCACGAUGUUGAUCAUAGCUGGCCGUACACUGGGGUGAAUGCCGACAACAAGGAGCACGGAGAUGGUCCGGCAUCCUACAAUGCGUCUUCGUAUAUCAUGGACUUCUUCAGCAAACAUAUCCUGGCUUGAGAUUAACAGCGCCCAUACUGCGAUCAGCUAGAACUGCAUCUAGAACUGCAUCAUAAUAAUGAUAAUGUCACAUCUCAAAUAGCAGCUGCCUCAAAAUGUGCAAAUCCCAUUUCAUCAAUGCUAUUAUCCUCCAUCGCCACCUCCACCUCCUCCACCACCGCCGUCACCGCCGCAUCCUCCGUCCCCGCCGCCGCCGCCGCCACCGCCGCCACCAUCCCCUCCACCGCAAUCACCA